CAUCUCUGUUAUUGGAAUAUAAGAUAAAUGUGCUUUAAUAAAAAGUGUCCUUUUAAGGAUUAUGGUAUUUGGGAAAGAGGCGAUAAAACAAAUCAUGGACUUCCCGAACUAAAUGCAAGUUCCAUUGGAAUGGCCAAGGCUGCAUUAGAAGCUAUGAAUGAGCUGGAUUUAUUUGGUGGACGGGGUGGCCCAUCUUCGGUUAUUCAUGUUCUUGCUGAUGAAGCUCAGAAGUGUCAUGCUGUUUUGCAGUCAAUGUUGCCAAGAGAAUCUAAUUCAAAAGAAGUAGAUGCAGCAUUAUUGUCUGUGAUAGGUUUUCCCGCUUUUGCAGUUGAAAAUCCCGAACUCAUAAAACUUACAAGAGACACCAUUGAAGAGAAAUUAAGGGGACGAUAUGGAUGUCGUAGGUUUCUGAGGGAUGGCUAUAAAACUGCUAAAGAAGACUCAAAAAGAUUAUAUUAUGAACCAUGGGAGCUGAAAGUAUUUGAAAAUAUUGAAUGCGAGUGGCCUUUAUUCUUUUGUUAUUUCAUUAUUGAUGCUUGUUUUCGUGGAGACAGAGAAACAGUUGAAGAAUUUUCUGACGCUCUUGAUAGCAUUUUAAUUAAAGAAAAUGGACUAAAGUUAGUACCAGAACUGUAUACAGUACCAGCUGAUAAGGUUGAUUUAGAGUACCAAAACCCUCAUAGUCAAGAACGAAUUGCCAUCGGUCAGAAACCUUUCAUAUGGGCCCAGUCUCUGUACAUAGUUGGAAGGCUUUUGCAAGAAGGCUUCCUUGCACCAGGAGAACUUGACCCAUUGAAUAGGCGAUUAAGUUCUGAACAAAAACCUGAUGUUGUAGUUCAGGUUGUCAUACUAGCAGAAGAUCUUUACGUAAAAGAAAAAUUGAAGAAUCAUGAUAUACAUGUACAAACAAUAUCAGAAGUCUCUCCCAUCGAAGUCCAGCCAGCUCGAGUUUUAAGUCACAUAUAUUCCUAUUUAGGUCGAAAUAAAAAGUUAGGUCUUUCAGGACGAUAUUCCAGAGAAGUGGGUUUAUUGAGUACUAGUAAAUUAUUUACUCUACAAGAUCGAAUGUUUGCUUUUACUCCUCAGAAUCUUGACAGAGAAGAUUUCUAUUUGGUUAAUGAUAUUGAACUCCUUGCCAGUACAGUACGAUCAGAUAUAGCUUUCCUUAGGACUAAUUGGCGAAUGCUUGGUCGCCCUACAAUGUGCAUGAGAUUUCAUCGUUAUUAUUUAGAGCAUGAAAAAGUUCCUCUUGCUAUGAUUUCAACAAUAAAGAAGUUAAAAAGUGGCUAUAUUAAUGGUACAAGGGUUGCUCUUGGAACAUUAGAAGAUUUUCAGAGCACUUCUUGUAUUACAAGCCUCAGUUUUUUACAUAAUCAAGAGGAGGGAGAUCCAGACAGUCUUAAUACAAGUGUGAGAGAUUAUUUGGAGAAAGAGUUAAAUAAAUGCUUCCUGAGGCAUACGCUGCCAUACGGCCAAUUAUCAGUGAAACGAAAAAAGAGCUCUAUGCGAUCUCGGCGAUCGGGUGUUAGUGGGAUAAUCAAACGUACGAGAUCAAUUCAAGUUGACAAAUAUGAUCCAGAUUUGGUUAACUUGCGAGAACGUUAUGAGAAAAUUCAUAGUCCACCUCCAGUUUCUCCUGGUCUUGAGGUCCUAUCUGCACACUCAGAAUCUCCAUAUUCAUCUCCUACUGAAUCUGGAGGCAGAACUCCAUCUCCGACCAUAGAACCUGAAGAAGAAGAAGGCUGGAGUUCGAAUGCUCGUGUUCGUACUGUUUCGGAUCGCCAGUAUGAUAAUGUGAAUGACGAAGAUCUGGUGGCUAUGUUCAAGGAAACAGAAUCUCUAGAAGAACAAGGCGAUAUAUUGCAUUAUUUAGUUGGGAACAGGGGUGUAAAUUGGGACACCGGUCUUGGUGGUGACCAUGAGAUAAUUACUAUAAAAGAUUUAUUAAAAGAUUUGUAUGAAAAAGCUUGUCAUGAAAAGAAGUGGGCUUUAGUGAGGCACAUUGCAGGUAUGCUGGGGAAAAAGGUAGAAGAUUUAGCAAAAGCUGUUACAGAUUUAUUGGUUAGACAAAAGCAAGUUACCAUAGGAAUGCCUUCAAUAUGUGAAGAAACUAUUACAAGGCCUAUUCCAUCAAAAGAUUUAAUUGCAAUCAUUCAUAAUGCUCAUGGAAGUGAUCAGAGUACAGCUAUGUUAACUCAGGAAUUAUUAGUAUAUUUAGCUAUGUUUAUAAGAACAGAGCCACAGCUGUUUCAAGAGAUGCUGAGACUGAGAGUAGGCUUAAUAAUUCAAGUCAUGGCAUCAGAAUUAGCUCGGUCACUUAAAUGUUCUGGAGAUGAAGCAUCUGAGCAUUUAUUGAACCUUAGUCCAUUUGAAGUGAAAAUGCUUUUGCAUCACAUUUUAAGUGGAAAAGAAUUUGUUGUAAAGAGUGAAUUGAGAAAUAGGCAUUUCUAUGCACGAAGUGGCGUUGUAUCUGUUGCGAAUCCUAGUAAAGUCCAAAGUAAGAAGAGUGUUGUAGAUAUCAUACUUGGAAAAGAUGGACAGGUAGAUGAUGGAUCCUAUGAAAGUGACCGCCAAGGUCAGUGGCUGAGGAGGCGAAGACUGGAUGGAGCCUUGAAUAGAGUUCCUCGAGGGUUUUAUCCCAGAAUUUGGUCUGUUUUAGAAAGGUGCCAAGGAUUGUCAGUAGGCAAAUUACUCAAUCAACAGCUAACAAGAGAGAUGACUCCUGGUGAACUGAAAUUUGCACUGGAGGUAGAGACUGUGCUGAACAGCAUUCCUCAGCCAGAAUAUAGACAGUUAAUGGUAGAAGCUCUUAUGGUGCUCACAUUACUUGUCGAAUAUGAUGCAGUGAAAACAUUAGGUGGCAUCAUCAAUGUGGAACACUUGGUACACAAGGCAAGUCGUAUUUUCUUGGAAGAUCAGAAAAAAGUAAGCGGUGAUGCUACUAUUUGCUGUGCUGCACCAAGUGGUAACGAAAAUCCUUGUGGCGGAGCUGCCGGCAUUUGCCAACACUUUUAUGACAGUGCUCCUAGUGGAUGCUACGGAACGAUGACUUACCUCAUCCGGUCUGUUGCCGCUACUAUGGAUUGCUUGCCCAAGCAAGAAUUAGAUUGCACAAUAAGUUAAGAUUUCAUCCUUCCUCUAACUUUUUAAAUCACUCCACAGAUGCUCAACAUAAGUUGUUUUCGAAAACUUAUGUAUACAUAUAUUCAUUGUUAACUUAUUUUGCUUGGUAAAAAGUUAAAACUCUCUGCUUUUAUAUUUAUCCAAGAUAAAAAAGGUAAGAAAAUUCAGAUUGUCCGCUUUUACAUUUAUCCAAGCUAAAAGGUAACGAAAGCAAAUAAAUAAUGAAAGUCAUUGGUAUAAAAAAUGGUAUGGAUUUGUUCUAAUGUCAAUUAAUUGCAAUAAUAUUAGACUUGUGCCAUAAUUUAUGUGAACUUCUGCUCCUAGCCCCAAGAUUCACAGUAUGACGAUCCGUGUGCCAGUUUUGUUGUAUUUUAUUUUCAUUGAUCUAAAUAAUGUAAAACAAUAGUGAAGUUAUUCAAACAUUGUUUAAAAUAUUUUGUUAUGUUCCUUAUGCUUGGUUUAUUAAAUCAUUUGUUAUGAAUCUGAAUUUACUUGUUUGGUUCUGCUGUAAAAAUUGACAUUUGAAGCAUGUCUUCCCGAGAAUAAAAUAAUUUACUAAUUCAGAAGUCAAACAACAAAAAUCAGCGUGUUUGACUUCUGUUUAAACAAUGUUGUUUGCGUGUUCUGACAAUGUUGUUUGACUUCUGAAUUAGUAUUUAUUCGGCGUGUUAUUGUGUCUUAAUUAAUAAAAUAAUUUAUUCAAUUAAUUUUUAAGAAUAUUAUUCUCACUGGAUUGUUUUAUAUGAAAAGAAAAUUUAAUAACUGGAAUAUCAAAUGAAUUUUUUAAUUAAAUGAAAAAUUGAUAUUAGAAAAAAUUAGAUUUUAAACACUUAAAAACUAGGAAAAUUAUUUGUGGAGAAUUUUUACUGUUCCUAAAUUAUGUACUACAUGUUUUAAUAUUCUGUAUAUGAUAACAUCGUUAUUCAAUUAACAAAAUACUAAAUCCAGCAUAGAAAUAUAUAAGCACAUUUUAAAAACAGUUACUAUAUAUCCAUGUCUAUGUAACUGUUUAAACUAUCAGUAUUAUUUUUCACAUCUUGAACAAAUUACUAAUGUUCUGUUUAUUCAUUGCAAAGUAAAUAUUGUUUGUGAAUAUGACAUCAGCAAGUGUAUUUGACUAUCCACAGUAAUAAAGUAUCAUCCCAUUGCAAAUGAA